AUUAAAAUCAAAUUUAAAAAUUGAAAUGGAGCUCAGGCCAGAGGAGCUGUGUGUUCUCCAUCCAGGAUUUUAAAUAGCAGAUGGGAUCCUUGCAGGUCUCCAUGUUUGAGACAGCCAUUGAUGCUGAUUCUGAAAGCCCUCUCUUUUGGUGGGACUCUCUCUUUUUCUUGUUAACAGUGUCAUAGUAAAGGAAAAUAGCGUAGAAGGAGAGACCCAGUUGGGAGUUUUUCACUUAAGAAAUAGACUUGGAGUCAGAGAGAGAAGAAGAGGAGAGAGGAGGUCAAUCAGAGAUUGAAAUAUGAAAAGGAGAAGAGAGAUGGAGAAGGGUUCGGAGAUAAGGUCUGCCAUUGAAGAGCUUUCAAUGGUGGUAAAAGUUAAAACUGGCGAAGAUCAUGAUGCUGCUGUACAUGUCCAACAUGAUACUGCCCAUAUUCCCACCAGGCCUUUUCUCUCUGUCUGCAAUUCGAUUCUUCAAGUUCUUGAUAAGAUAGGGCCAACAAUGGCUGUUCUGAGGCAGGACGUUCAUCAAAACAUUCAGAGAUUGGAGAUGGCCCAUGAAUCUAAUCCUUCAAAAUAUUCAAAUUUCGUUGAGAUGCUGAAAAAAGAAGUAAAUGAAGGCAAUGCAAGAAAGGGUGCCAGCUGUUGUAAAGCCUUUGUUUGGCUCACCAGGUCUAUGGAUUUCAUGGCGGCUUUGCUGCAAAGAUUAGCCAAGGAUCCUAGGCAGAGCAUGGAGCAAGCAGUGGAAGAAUCUUACAGCAUCGCUUUAAAGCCAUGGCAUGGAUGGAUUUCAUCAGCUGCCUUCAAAGUAGCUCUCAAACUGGUGCCUGAUGAUAAAACCUUUAUUACUCUCCUCCUGGCCAAAGACGAAAACCUUGACACCCUUCAAGAGGAAAUGCAGGCUUUGACCUCAUUACUCGUGCCGUUCCUAGAAGAGAUACACUCCAUCCUGGGAUCAUUAGGCUUGGAUAGGUUAAAGGCUACCUAAGGAGGAAAUAUAUGAAUGUAAAGAAAGGAAAGAAACUGUACAGAGUUUGGUUUUGUGUAAAUAUCUACAUUAUACAACAUACAAAUAGUUUUUCUUGUUUAGUUACAAGUAAAAUCUAUUGUUUCUUAACUUGUUUUCCAUUAAGGAUGUGAAUUUCUACUGUAUGUGACAUGAACACUGUGUUGACGUCUGUUUUGUAUGUUGUCAACUCAGGAGCCCUAGGAUUUUGGGAUAGAAAUAGUUUCCAAUUGUUAAGCUCAGUACUUGCGUGCUGUAGUUUUUGAAAGCACAAAAUCAAACCAGUUUGUAUUUUAAGGGCAACAGAAGUAGUUCCAAAUGCCCUCUGUAUGGUACCAGAACCUCUGCGACAACAACAGAUUAUUGGGUAUUGGCAAUAAUAUUAAUGGAUCGAGAGUUCAUUUGCAUA